ACGUAGAAACAAGAAGCCCUUAUAGCUCAGUGGUAGAGCGCCAGUCUUGUAAACUGGAGGUCUGUAGUUCGAUCCUGCAUGGGGGCAAUUUAAUUUUUUUUUAAUCGCAUUUUUGUACGCAGUACAUUUUAGUUUUCCAUUGGUCUUAAAAAAGCCCAAGAACCCUAAUCGAAGAACAAUUCAUUCUGUCUUUUAUUUUUUUUGCUAACCCUUCACUUUCGUCUCCCUCAAUUAAAAAAAUGGCUUCUUUUCUGGGAAAGGUUCUCAGAAAUCGAUCUCAACCCGCCACAAGAUUCAUCACUCUGCUCAACAAAUCUCAGACCCAGAUUCCCAGCGCACCUCCGCCUACCAUUGGCAGUGAAACGGCCCAAAACCCCAUCUUCCUCAAACCCAAAAGAGAAGAUGAUUCAAACACGAACGCCUCCUCGCUUCUCUACCCCACCUUUUCAUUCGACUAUUUCUUGAACCCAGUUCCGAUUUCCCAAUCCGGGUUCAUCUUUCCGUCCGAGGAUGCCGGCGUUGCUUCGCGGCGAGAAUCGCCGGAAAUAUGGGCCGACAGUGUGAAGAAGAAGAGGAAGAAGAAGAUGAACAAGCACAAACUGAAGAAGCUGAGGAAGCGGCUCAGGAGGAAGACGUAGUGCUCUUCGUUGCCAGUUUCUUGAUCUUGUGAGGACAUUUUUGCUUUCUGAUCUGUGGGGAUGCGUUUCGUUUCUUUAUCUGCAAUUCCCCAUCCUUUGGAUUUCUAUCGCAGAAAGAAAUAAGUGGUCUUUUCUUAUUUAUUAUAUCCAUUCUCAUUGCUUCCAUUCACCUUUGCAUAACAUGCAGUUCUUUAUGUUGAGUUUGAACUUUCAACAGCACAUAUAUGAAUUGAUGACAUUUUCUUUGGAAAAAAGGAUUGCAUCAAUGUGCAUUCGUAUAGUUGCUGCCAA